ACGUUGGCACGCAGUAUGACCUCCGUCACCGACGGUCCAAGCAGAGUCUCCAUCAGCCUCUCCGCUACCGUGAACGCAGCACGAGAAGCGUCUGUCAAAAACGACACAGACCACGUCUUAUCAGUAGAUUGGUCCCACUCUUCAUCAGAUAUGGAAGCGGGAUCCUCCUCCCACAGUCAGUGCAGAUACACUUAUGAGGAGUAUAAGGAGACAGCAGAUUGGCUGCUUGCCCACACAGAGCAGCGUCCUAAAGUGGCCAUAAUUUGUGGUUCGGGCCUUGGUGGCCUGGCUGACCUGCUGGAAGACAAAAUUGUGUUGCCAUACAUUAAUAUUCCACGUUUUCCCACCAGCACUGUGCCUGGCCAUACCGGUCAGCUGGUGUUUGGGAGGCUGCAGGGCCGUGAGUGUGUCUGCAUGCAGGGGAGAUUCCACUUCUACGAGGGCUACAACAUACAUACGGUGACAUACCCGGUGCGAGUCUUCUUCCUGCUGGGUGUGGAAACUCUGAUUGUGACAAAUGCAGCGGGGGGACUCAAUGGCAGCUACAAUGUGGGAGACAUUAUGCUCAUUAAGGAUCACAUCAACAUGCCGGGUUUUGCAGGGCAGAACCCACUGUGUGGGCACAAUGAUGACAGGUUUGGAGUGCGUUUCCCUUGCAUGUCGGAUGCAUAUGAUCGUGACCUGAGGGCUCUGGCCAAGCAAACAGCAGAGAAGCAGGGCUGCAGCAGCUUCCUGCAGGAAGGGGUUUACUGCAUGCUGGCUGGACCGACAUAUGAGACCAUUGCAGAGUGCAGAGUGCUGCAGAUGCUGGGCGCUGAUGCUGUAGGCAUGAGUACAGUGCCAGAGGUGGUGGUUGCUCGGCACUGUGGCUUGCGCGUCUUGGGUCUGUCCCUCAUCACCAACAACGUUGUGACAGAUUAUGACAGCAAUGAGAAGGCAAACCAUGAAGAGGUGCUGAUGGCCACUCAGCGCCGAACCCAGGACCUCCAGAACCUUGUCAGCCACCUCAUCACCAAUAUCUAGCACCUUCAUCUGAAAUUUGAUGACAAAAAAUCAUUUAAUUCAUCAGUGACUAAUCUUAGAAGGUAGAAAGGUGCAGGUAUGGUCAGGUUGGCGUGGAUAAGUUUAUUAUUUUGGUAUUGACUAAUGUGACUAACUGGGGAUAUGAGUGAGGCUUUUGAGGUAGAGAGGAGAGUGAAGAAAAAAUGUUGAAUGUCGAUACGUCACUUACAGAUGCUUGCAAGAGCUGAAAAUAUCCAUGGCAAUGUAGGUGUCCAGUUUGCUAUUCACAGUAAGAAUUUAACCAGGAAAUGGUCACCUGGAUUCAGUCCUUAUAGCAUGUAUUUCUUGAUAAAUUUGUUCUUCAGAAGUGUCAUUGUGUCUAUAAACUGAAAGAGCAACAACUUGCCAGUUAGCCAUUGAUUUAAAAAAUUUAAGACAGGGAUUGGCUGUAUUUGUUUAGAUUUUGAGCGUUUCUGGCUUAGCACUCCCCUAUCUUGUUGGGCAAGCAAUGAUAGUUUGGAGGGGAAUCUUAAAACCCUUGAAAAGAUUCCCUUAAAACUGGGAUGAAACAGUGUUUCACUGCCCUCACUGGUUGAUAGUUUCAGCUAUGUUUCACCAACAGACCAUGGCAAGCAUCACUGUGGUCAGAAGUAUACACCUGUGACCACAUCCAGCAGUGAUGUCACAGUGUACAGAUGCACCUUGGAGUACACAUCUGCAUCACUGUAGUAAGGCCACUAGUUAAACCACUGGAUGAUAGCAAAAAAGAUUAUUUUUUUAAAAUAUAGAUUUCCAAGGAGUGUUAAGCCUGGAAAUGUUGUGAAGGGGUAUAAUUUGCUAUAAAAUGGAAACUAAUGAGUUUCUCUAAAAUUUGCAGGUGGCAUAUUGAAUUUGAAUCCAAAUCCAGAUUAUUAUGGUGGCUAAGAUCAUGGCUAUAAUUUCAUUCUAUCAUUCCUCUAUUUAAAAUGGCCAAGUAUUUCUCAUAUUUCCCAGAUCAUUUCCCUUUACCACCGUCAUUGCGACGUAUAAACACCGGUCCCUCUCUAUUGGCUGAACUGUCUUUUUGAUUGCGUCUGAACAACAUAAUGACUGUUCGACCUUUUUAUGGUCUAUCGCAACAAUUUACAUGUUUUCGCUGACAACCUGUCAAUUUUAGCGGUAAUCUUCAGUAUUUAGACUUGCUAUGGUUUAUGUCUUAUUUGCCUUAAGCAGGAGCAAUGUAUACGACUACAGCAUAUCAAUGCAUCAUCUCCCUGUUUAAGAUGUAUUCAGAGGACACAAUGCACUUAUGCAUUGGGUUUGACAAGUUGGUGCAGGACUGGAGGGAGCAACUCAUUAUUUGUCCAGCAGGGCAUUAGAAGUCAGUCCACAUAAGAAUUGUUCCAGGGAGAAUACACAAUAAUUCUUGUGAUAAACACAACCAGUGGGACCAACUGGCACAUAGUUUCUUUUAUUUUACAACUGAACAUUAUUAACAAUGCACAAUACUUACUUUAGCUAUAAAUCAAAGUGUGAAUGUUAUUAUUUCACUGUGAUUCAAACAGAGUUAUAUGUUAUUUAUCUUUGAAGUAGACAAAUGGUUUAUUUUAGCUAUCUAAUUAUAACUAUUUAAUGGUAAAAAAAAAUGUGAAAUAUGGCAAUGUAAACUGUAUUGAAUCUCCAUUGAAAAAGGAAAUAAGGCUUGACUUGAAUCUGUUUCUCAAAGGCCUGUCCAGUAGAGGAGAUUUCUUAAUUUUAGUGAUCUUAUAGAUUUGUGAAUUUAUACAUUUAUACAAAACUAGUGAAUCACUACAAACAGCACAAUAUAAUCUGAAAGAAAGUAGGAAAAGAAAUAUCUAGUCAAGGGCUAAUCUGAUGAAGCAGCAGUGAUGUAUGAAGGUUUUUCCUGCGGUAGAUUGCAUUUGGAUCAGUCUCAUUUGUACACCAAGAGACCACAACACUGUAAUAUCAGGGAGGGCUAUAAUAAUGAAAACUGGGCCUCCAGUUUUCAAUCUUCUCUUGCUGAUCUGGAACCUCCUGCCAGGUUCCCUUGACCGUCUCAUUCAUUAGAGCUGGAAGUCCUAGGUCAGCAGUUGAGCUUUUAGACCAUCAAGUUUUACAUCAAAAUGCUAAUGGAAGCCUUAAAGUGGAAUUCCACACUGAAUGAAACAUCACUGAAAUGUGAAGUGAUACAAAAUAAACAAUGGAAGUUAUUUCCAUAAAAUUAACUUUAAGAUGAACUAGCAUACUUGCUAUUUUUCUGUGCAAGCACAACUCUUAGUUUAGUAUUUCUUUAUUAGUCUUUUAUUGUUUGGUUUGUGAAGUCUUCCACGCAUCAUAUAUUUUUAUUCAAAUGUUGCUGCUGUCAAAUAAAAAUGUAUGGAUGACA